UGCACUAUUUGUGAAGGACAAAUGAUACAAGGCGGGAAAAAUGUUGAAUUUAAAAGGAAACAGUAUAUUUUAGCAUCUUUAAUGUGUUGGUUCACACUGACAUGUACAUACUUUGGUGUAUUAUUUCAGCUUUCAGAUUACAACUUUUUUAUAUCAUAUAGUUCAAAUCCAUAA